AUGGAAAAUUAUAAUCACACAUCAAAUGAUUUUACAUUGUUAGGACUGUUGCCUUCAUCAAGGAUUGGAGUACUUCUCCUCAUUAUCAUCAUUCUCAUUUUCCUAUUAGCGCUGAUUGGAAACUUGUCCAUGAUCCUUCUCAUCUUCCUGGGCACUCAUCUCCACACACCCAUGUAUUUCCUCCUGAGCCAACUCUCUCUCAUGGACCUGAAUUACAUCUGCACCAUUGUUCCCAAAAUGGCUUAUAACUUCCUGCUUGGAAACAAAUCUAUCUCUAUUAUUGAAUGUGGAGUUCAGAGUUUCUUCUUUUUGACCUUGGCAGGUGGAGAAGGACUUCUCUUGGCAUCUAUGGCCUAUGACCGUUACGUGGCUAUCUGUUUUCCUCUUCACUACCCUAUUCGUAUGAGCAAAAGUUUGUGUGUGCUGAUGACUAUGGGAUCUUGGACACUGGCAUCCAUAAAUGCCUGUGCUCACACAGUUUAUGUACUCCAUAUUCCCUAUUGUCGAUCUCGAGACAUCGAUCAUUUUUUCUGUGAUGUGCCAGCCAUGGUGUCUCUGGCAUGCAUGGACACAUGGAUCUAUGAGUACACAGUUUUUGUGAGCACUGCUAUAUUCCUCCUGUUUCCUUUUAUUGGGAUUACUUGUUCUUAUGGCCGGGUUCUCCUUGCUGUCUUCCGUAUGCCCUCAUCAGAAGGGAGGAAGAAGGCCUAUUCUACGUGCAGUACCCACCUCACUGUAGUGUCUUUCUAUUAUGCACCUUUUGUUUAUACUUACCUACGGCCGAGAUCCUAUAGAUCUCCAACAGAAGACAAGGUUUUGGCUGUUUUCUAUACUGUCCUCACUCCCAUGCUCAAUCCUAUAAUCUAUAGCCUUAGGAACAAGGAGGUACUAGGGGCCCUGAGAAGAGUUACUCAAAGACUCUACUCUGUGAAAUGGUAG